AUGUUUCCGAGACCUUUGCCGUUGAGUGCGCCGUUGAGUCCAGUUUCGUGGGUGCUUACUUCGCCGCCUUUUUCGGUGGGGUCGAAGAGGGGAAGGUGGGGUAGGGGGGGGAAUGGGAGGGAGGAUGGGAGGGAGGAUGGGAGGGAGGAUGGGAGGAGGGAUGGGGAUGGAGAUGGGAGGGAUGGGGUGUUUGAUUUUGGGGGGAGGGAGGUGGUGGAAGGAGGAGGGGAGAGGGAUGUGGAGAUGGAAGUUCAGGUGCAGAUGGUGCCGGAGAUUGUGGUUACGCCACCUGUUUCACCUGUUUUGUCUGUUCCACCUGUUAUGUCUGUUAUGUUAGUUGACGGGUCUGGUGAAAGGGAGAAGGAGAUGGACAGAGAAAUAAAUACCCCGUCGAAUUUACUGAGCGAAGAAGAAAUAACAGAACCAGAAAUGGAAAAUACGGAGCUUACUUCUGUGGAAAUAAACAAGAAGAAUAGAAGCAAUAGUACACAAUAA